AUGCAAGUACGGGGUAUUCCCGUGUACGACUUUGGAAAACUUCUUCAGUCAAUCAGUCAAUCAAGUCCCGCCAUGCUGGCUGCAGACAAGACAAGAGGCAGCACGGCUAAGGUCUCAACCGUCACCGAUGCGGCACCGAUGCGGCGAUACCAAGCAUCCAAGCCGGACGACACGGCAAGUCUGAUAUCUUGGGUCAUCACCCACCUCACCCACCGAACCACCAACAUCAGACCGUCACCGUCAGCCGGGCCCUGA